AUGCCACGACGAGGACGUGCAUCUGGACCUCCACCAAGGACAGUUCGACCAGCAGCUAGAGCUUCACCAGCUCCAGCUCCAGCAGCAAGAGCUGCACCACCACCAUCUUCGGUGCCAGCACAUGCCCCACCAUCUGCACCAUCUCCAAUGAUGGCCCCGUCUCAAGGGCCAUCAUUGAUGGGACAAAUGGCAGCUACUGCUGGAGGAGUCGCUAUUGGACACACUCUUGGACACGCCAUGACUGGAUUAUUCUCUGGAAACUCCAGCGAAGCUGCUGCUGCUGCACCAGCUGCUGUUCCCGCAGCAGCUCCUCAGCAGAGCAUGGCAUCCACUCCUGGUGGCGCCUGUGCCUGGGAAGUUAAGCAAUUCUUGGAGUGCGCUCAGACUCAGUCAGACCUCACACUCUGUGACGGUUUCAACGAGGCUUUACGCCAGUGCAAGAUGGCUAAU